CUAGAAGCUUCUAGUACACUCUAUCGCAGUCUUUCCCAUGGUCUUUCCAGUGGCGGCGAUCCCUUGCAGCGCUUGUUCAUCCCCGUCGGCGCUCCACGCGUUUGUCGCGGCGGAAGGAAAUGCCCAGGCAUUGCUGCGCCCGAGGCUGUUAUAACAGCAUUGUCGGUCGUGACACGCCAUCGCACACGUUUCCCAAAGACGAGAAGAUGCGUAAACUUUGGAUACGUGCCUGUCAGCCAUCACGCCCAGCCUGGAGACCUCUAACAAAUGACUUCGUUUGCGCGGACCACUUCGUCGACGAUGAUUACGUGACCAGCCCGGCUGUGCUGAAAAGCCUCGGCAUGCCGCUCAAAAGGCAACGCCUAAAGCCUGACGCUGUGCCCUCGGUCUUCUCACCAAAACGCAAGGCAGAGAGGAUCAGCGGCGCGUUUGAAAAGAGGAGGCGAAAAGAGAUCAUUGAUCAAAUAUUGGAACGAUCAACCACAGGAGAAGCCUGCCACAAAGAAGCUGUUCACAUUCAAGGUACGCAGUGCGAUGCUUGUGAAAUACAUACCCCUCCAAUUGAGCAGGAUCCAUUUGAAGAAGUCACUCAAGCAGUUUCCUGCGAACACAGUGCAGAAGCACCUACAAAUAGCAGGCAAAACAGUGAGCAUGAGGCACAUCAAGAAAAAUGCCCUGAAGCACUACACCAGCAAUUUCCACCAGAACCUCAUGCUGCCAAUGAAAGACAAAUUACACCAAAAGCACUUCAGGCUGAUGCAGCCGUUCAGACAUCAUUAAUCUGCAGAGACUGGGGAACACAGGUCAACAUCCAAGGGAAGUCCCGUAGUAUUUCAACUAACUGCUUUAUGCCACCGCGGUCUUCGACACGCUAGCCAGAUUUGGCAGAUGCAUCUGAAGCGGAAAUUGCUGACAAUGAAAACAGGAAUCGAAAUGAUCCUUCAUUUGUCCUCUCCGAUGUCAGUUUGGCUGAACACAGCACUGAUCACACAGCCGUGCCUCUUUAUGAAGAGAGGAAGUUCAUUGUUUUCGAAUCUAGUCUGGAUGAACUGCUCUCGGUCUGCCCUCUGUGUUCACGUCCGUGUAGAGCAAUUGAUAAAAAUAUGAAAGGAACAUUAUUGCAGGUGACACGCUUGUGCAUAAACCAGCAUGUUUCUAAAUGGGCAACACACCCAAUAAUUAAUUGGUAGGCAGCUGGUAGCUUGCU